AUGCACUAUGUGCAUUCUCUCCACCACCGAUACGGGCCCAUCGUUCGGAUUUCGCCCACCGAGGUUGCCGUCGCCGAUCCGGAAGGCUUCAACUCGAUUCACAAGAUUGGCUCGGGCUUUUUGAAGGGGCCAUGGUAUUCGACAGUCACCGCUGGCGUCGAGCCGGGAAUCUUCGCCAUGGUCGAUCCGAAGAAACAUGCUGCGCGCCGAAAGCUGUUUGCUCGUGCAUUCACCAGUGCCUCGCUGCGCCAAAACUGGGAGCGCAUCGUCCGGCAGAAGGUCGAGCGGGCUGUUGAGCGGAUCAAAGCCGACGCCCUGAACGGAAAAGCCGACGUCCUGAAAUGGUGGACAUUGAUGACGACCGACGUCAUUGCCCAUCUGUCCUUUGGAGAGUCGUUCGAGAUGCUGGAACUAGGAGAGAAAAACAGUUACAUCAAAGCCCUGGAAUCCGUCUUCAUCUUCACCACGCUCCGCAAGGAACUGCCGCUGCUGUAUUUCUUGGCACGUCUUCUCCCAAUCCAGUCGGUGCAGAACAUCGUGCAAGCCCAAAACAUUGUGGACGCGCAUGCUGUCAGAGCCGCUGCAAACUUGCGCCAGAACGGCCACUCCGCCAACCUGUUUGGCAACAUGCUCGCCGAGUGCGAGGCCGGGGAGAAGUCGGACCUGACUCCCGAGAAGGUCCAAGCCGAAGCCGGCAAUCUGAUUGUCGCUGGAUCCGAUACGACUUCUGUGACGUUGACAUACUUGGUAUGGGUUGUACUGAGAAGACCUGAUCUACAGGCGAGAUUGGAGGAGGAGUUUGCCGGAAUAGGUGACGGAUUUGACGACGCCGCCCUGGAGAAGUUGCCGCUUCUCAACGCGGUGAUUGAUGAGACCCUCCGUCUCUACGGUGCUGCCCCAGGCAAUCUUCCUCGAUCAGUGCCUCCCAGCGGCGCGACGUUUGGAGGCUUCUUCGUCCCUGGGGGCACCGUAGUUGAGACGCAAGCGUACACCCUCCACCGGCACCCUAACGUAUACCCCGAUCCGCUGAGGUUCGAUGAGAGGCGGUUCCUCGACCAGGAGUCGCUUUCGAAGCAGCAGAAACAGCUGUUCUCGCCCUUUGGAGCCGGCACCCGCGUUUGCAUCGGGCUGCACCUGGCUCGCAUGGAGCUGCGACUUGCCACUGCCGUCUUCUUCCGGAACUGUCGUGGCGUGCGACUUGCGGACGACAUGACGGACGAUAUGAUGGAGAUGCAGAACUUUUUCUUGAUAAGUCCGGUCGGACAUCACUGCGACGUUACUCUCAGGUGA